AUGGCGUUGGCCAGAGAGAUCAUGCGACCUCGAGAUGAAAGCGAGGAUCCACCUUCGCCAUUUUCGUAUUUCUUCCCUUUGAUUUUGGUAGUACUAGCUUGUGGAGGAUAUAUCUUCUGGCGUAGAAUGAGGUCAAGGCGGAAUUUACAGAGCACUUUACCCCUCAAUUUUCCAUCUCGAACGCCAACGGGAAUAAGACUUUCAGAAGAUGGUCCUCCAGCAAACUCAUUUAUUCAUAAUAACGCAUCAACAGAUUCAUUACCCUCACACGCGUUACAAGAAAUACCAGAACUUUCAGAACACAACUCGCUCAGAUCUUCUCCUAUCCCUUAUACCGACACCACAAAUAUACCAUUACCCAGACUUCCAAACCCUCAUAAGACUAGGGUCCCUAGUACUUCUGCUAGACUAGGAGCAGGCAGAAGAUCCGCAAAAGCAAAGAUCAAGAGUCCGGUAGAAGAGGAUGAAGAAACGUCUGACGAAGAAAGUGGGAAAGCGACCUUUGAUAUUGGUGAUGAGGACGAUAAUUCUGAAGGUGGGGAUGAUAUUGGUCCCCUUGGUAAAUCAUGA